AUGUCUGUGAAAAAAGCCAUACCAAUUUAAACACUUUAACUUGAAGUUAUGCCAAAUAAAUAAUCUCCAUAAGUUAAUAAGGAUUAAAUUUAAAAAGCUGUAAUUGGAUCUGCAGGAUUCAAAAUUCCAUAAACAGUUAUUGAAGAGAAGAAAAAAAUGUUUUCAACUAGCUAAAAAAAAGAUGACCCAAUUUUAGACAUGUAAUUAUCUCAAUUAGAGAUAUAUUAAAAAAUGGGACUUUAACCUUAUAAAAUGUAGAAUGCAAUUGAAGAUAAAGAAAAAAUAGUAUUUUAAAAUCUAAAAGAUCAACCAUUGGCUAAAUCAAACUUUAUAUAUGAAUAAAGACGAGUGUUAGAAAUAGAGUAGAAAGAUAUAGAAAAUAGAAUGAAUUAAUUUAUAAUCGAGGAAGAACCUCCUCUAUAGAAUGAACAAUUAGAUUAAAUUCAAAGUGAAAUAGAUAAACAUUAUGAAAGAUUGAAUAAAUUAGAACAAUAGUUUAUGAAAUAAGAUUUGGUAGAUAGUUAUCAACCAGAUGAUAAUGUAUGGGAGAAAAUUAAGUAAUUAAGAGAGUAUAGAAAUAAUAUAAAAAAGGAAUAAAUGUAAGCAAGAGAAGAAUAUGAGGAAAGAAGAAGGAAAGAUUAAGUUUAAGUAAAAGUAACAGUUAUUGACAAAUAAUAAUAAUAGAUUAUAAGAAAGUAAAAUAAGAAAGAAGAAAAAGAUUAAUUUAUUUAAUAAUAAAUAGAUGAUUAUAUAAAACAAAAAGAACAGAAUAAAAAUAGGCCAAGAUCAAAAGAAAAAUAUAUUGAGUAAGUGGUUAUGAAAUCACCAGAAUAACAAUUAUAUGAACAUUAAUUUUUAGAGUAUUAAAAAGAUAAGAAUUUAAAAAAGUAAAUGGAAGUGAAAGCUAAGGAAUUUUAAGUUCCAGAUUUUGAAAGAUAUCAUCUUAAGGAUGAUAGAGAAAAACCUAAACAUUAAGUCGAAAUUACUGACAGAGCUAUACUAAAGGUUUAAACAAUAGAUGAAUUACAUCGAGUUUAAGUUUAAGCUUAUACAGAAAAAUAAUUAGAUUAAUUAGAUGAUGCAAACAAGAAAGCUAUAUAUAAAUCUAUAGUAACUGAGAAAUAAUAAGAAAAAUAAAUGGAGAAUGAAAAGAAUGAAUAAUUUGUUUUAAAAUUUUCAUUCUAAUAGAUAGAUAAAGAUCAUGCUGGUGUAGUUUCAAAAGGAGAAGUACUUGAAUUUUUAUGUACAAAUAAAGACAUUUAAAUUAUAUUUGAUUUAGAUGUAAAAACAAUAGAGAAUGAACUUGAUAAGUUAUAAACUCAUCGUAAAGGAUUGCUUGAUAUAAGUGAGUUUAGUAAAUUUGUUAAGAGAUUAUAAUAAGAUAGAAUAAAAUUACUUUCUAAAUUAAAAUAAGAUUCUAAAUUAUUUGAAGAGAAUUAAGAAGAAAAUCUAAGGUUGUAAUAUUCAAAACCAAUGAAAGAAAUAUUUAAAAUAUUAGAUUAUUAAGAACAAGGAGUUGUAAAUAGGUUAGAUUUAAUUAGAGCAAUAAGAAAUGAAUUAUCAAAAGGGAGGAUUUCUGUAUUAAACUAACCAAUAAGUCUAUAAUAAGGGAGUCCAACAGUGAAUUAAGUUUUAGAGAAAGUAUUAGCAGAUUAUAGAGUAUCAAAGAAUAGAAAAUAAAUGGAAUUAAUAUCAUUAAAUUAAUUAGAAGAAUAUUUUAAAUAAUCUUUGCCUUAUGAAGAAAUUAGAUUAAUGUAAGCACGUAUAAUAUUGGCUCAUUUUGGUCCUGGUUCUAUUGCUUCAGAAGGUUAUUAUGAAAAAAUGAAAGGAAGAUGUUUAUUAGAACAUGAAAUAAUUUAAUAAAUGUUAGAAAUAUUUAUGAAGCUUGAUAAAGAUUGUGAAUUAAUUGUUAGUAAAUAAUAAUUAAUUUAAUAAAUAAGAGAAACUGUUGAUUGUAAUUAAGAAGCAGCUAUACUUACUAAAAUCGGAAAAAAAUAUUCUUUAACCAAUAUUUUAGAUAUGAUGGAAAGUACAUUAAAUGAAUUAGAAGGACAUGCAUCUAAUUUUAUUAGUUUAUAAUAAUUUACAGAAUAUUUAACUAAUUUUAAUCCUUUACCACCUAAAAUACCAAAAUUAUUCUUUAUUAAUGAAUAAAAUGAACCUCCAAAAGAAGAACAUUUAGUUAUGUAAAUACCAAGUGUAUAUUUAUAAAUUAUUAAUGAUAUUUUUGAAAUGAUACCUACUAUCUGUGCUCAUUUUAUUUUAAAAGAAGAAUUUAUUGCUACUGUUAAAAAUGAUCCUUAAUCGAAAAGUCUUCUUUCAUAAAUUGCAAAGUUUGAUCCAAUCACUAAAAAACCAGAAACUAUUAAUUCUAUUAUUUCUAAAAUUGCUAGAACUGAUAUAGAUUUUAUUUAAUGGGCUGAUAUAGUAUACUUAUUUUCAGAUAAGGGAGAAAUUCCUAAAGAAGAUUUAAAUAAUAAAUUAGAUGUUAAACUUCCUCCUAGAAGAGGUAGAAAAAUUUAUGAAUCUGUUAUUAAAGGUUAAAUCUAAGAAGAAGAAGAAGCAUUUGCUGAAAUUGAAAAUUUAUCAUUUGAUGAUGCAUAAUAAAAAAGAAUUGAUAAAAAAAUAUAACCUAAAAUGCAUUCAAGUUCACUUAAUAAAAUUACUGUACCUAAAGAACCUAAAUUUCAUGAAAAAAAAAAGAAAACUAUUAGAUAAUAAAAAUUAGAAUAAAUGGUUAAAGAGAUUUAAGAAAAAGAAGAUUUUGAAUUACAAAAUAAAUUUAAAGCUAAUCCUAUUCCUCUUUCUAUGUUCGUUCCAGCUCAUAAUUUAGAUAGAUUUUCUCCUCCAAGAAUAUAAAAUGCUAAUCCUCCUAGUUUUUAUUAAAAAGAUGUUUAAAAAUUUAUGGAAAGAAAAUAAAUUGCAGAAGAACGUUUAUAAACUAAAGAAGUUCCAAAAACAUUUAAGGCUAAAGAAAUUCCUAUAGAAUGUACUAUGGAAGUAUUAAAAUAAAAAGAAAUUGCUGAAAAUUAAAGGAAAAAAGAAUAAAGAGAUAAAAGAAAAGCAGAACUCUAAAGUACUAAUUUAAUGCCUAAAAGAUUAUAAGAAGAUGAAAUUAAAAGAAAAGAAAAAAAGAAAAAAAUGGAGGAAUUAAAUCCUUAAGAUAUAGACCCAGAAUGUAAAUUUAAUCCUAAAAUCAAUAAAAAUUUUGUAUCCAAAAAAGAUAAAGACAAAAAGUCUUAAUAAAGUAGAGGAAUGGAAUUAAAUUAUCUUGAUGAAGACAAUUAAAGAAAUAAAAGAAAAGAAUCAUUUCAUGAAGAUGAAAACUAAUAAAAUUAAACAUAAAAAUCACAAACAAUAAAAAGUUAAACAUAAAAAUCUUAAUCUUAGAAACAAUCUGUUUAAAAAUCUUAAUAAAGCUAAAAAUAAAUUAGUUAAUAAAAUAGCAAUAAUUAAUUAGAAUAAUCUUAAUAAGAAAAAUCUGUGAAAUUAUCAGAAAAAUAAAAAUAAUAAAAUAUUCAAUAAGAUGAUGAGGAAAUAUCACCUGAACCUGAUGAUGAUGAAUAUCAAGACUAAUAAUUCGAAGAUUAAGCCUAAGACAAAUAAGAUUAAGAUGAAAAUAAAUAUAAUGGUUUAUAAUAGGUAAAUCAAGAUUUAGAGGAACAAGAAGCUUAAGAUCUAGAAUAAGAUAAUUAAUAAGAUAAUAAAAAUAUUGAAUAAAAAACAGAAUAAGAAAUAUCUAUAUAAUAAUCCAAAAAAUCAUAAUAACUAUCUAAAUAAUCUGAAAUUAAAUAAGAUGUUAAACCUUAAAAAAAUGUUAAAUUAGUCCCACCACAACCACAACCAGUUUAAUAAAAUGAAGAAAAAAAAGAUAAAAAGAAAGUUGUUAGUAGUCAAGAUAGAGAACUAUAAAGAUUAGAAGAAGAGAAAUAAAAAAAACUUAAUGAUAAAAAAAAAUAAAAGGAUAAGUUAAAUCCUGAAUACAGAUAAAAAAUUUAAGAUAUGGAAAAUAGAGUUUAUUCAAGACCUUUAGCAAGAGAUGCUAAAUAACAUGGAUCAUCAACUUUAUAAAAAUAUCGAUAAAUGGCUAAAGAAGCUAGCUUAAAGAAAGAUGAAAAAAAUGAAGAAAAAGUUCCAGAAGAUUAAGAACCUAUAGAUGAUGAAAAUUGA